AUGAGUGUGAAGGGAGCCAGUUCCUCAUCCUCUUCAGGUAGUGGUCAGUCCAAGAAGAAUUGGAAGACUAAAAGAAAGAAGUGGGAGGAUAAACCCAAUUUAGGUGGAAAGAAAAACUGGAAGAAUGAAAACUGGAGGAAUGAUCAAUCUAACAAGAAUGAUCAGAACAAGGGAACCUAUAAGCACUGCAACAAGUUGCACUAUGGUGAAUGUUGGUUCAAGGAUAAAGUCAAAGUGUCACAGAUGCAGCAAAAUCAAGCAUCGAAGAAAACCAACAUGUUCUAUGCCUCUCACUCGCUUUCAAAACCAACUGACUUUGGUGUUUGGUGUUUGGAGUUUGAAGUGCAAGGUGAAGAUGAGAAUAGGGGAAUUAGUUCAAGCUUCUGGAAAGGGGACACUUGUGAUUGA